AUGUCUUCAACAGCUGUCCCAGACGCAGGCUCUGGCGGCGGAGGCGGCGAUGACAACACUGAACUCAUCAUCGCAGUUGUUGCUCUCGUGAUCUCCGUCCUGGCCUUUGUCAUCGCCAUCCUCCAAGCUCUACAGCAAUAUCUUGCUACCGCUACCGGCUUCUCGUCUUGCGGUGAAGCUGUCAUAGGGAAGUGGUCCCAAUUUGCUCGGCGACAAAUGAUCUGGUCUGAAUUUCGCUUCGAGGUCCAAUUUGAAACCCCAGUCAUCUUCGUCGCCAGGCCGAGUAACACCAGAGGCCCUCUGGGCGACGAUGCACUAGCAAAGGAUGAAAGCAGAAAAAUAAUUCGACUAGAUGGCAGCAACGCAAACUUCAAAUACACCAAUACUGUCAAGGAAUAUGAUGACAAUUACAAAAAAAGCACACAGCAAGUUGUCCAUACAGCUGAUAACGAGAAAGCCACUUGGUGCGCCCUUCUCAUGGCGAUCGUUCGAAUGGAAAAGGAAUCCCGCGAAUGGCAGGGCAAGAAAUCGGUGGAGUGGCGCAAGGCAACUGGUCCUCGCCCACCACUGGAUAGCCCAGUACCUUUACAGGAGCCUGGUGCCCACCACUCACUGCUUGUCUGUAUGCAGAGAAAAAGGCGUACAUGGGAUAGCAUGCCAAAAGACUUUGCAAAGCCUUAUGCCACCACCACAAUAUCUCACAUUGUGGAGAUUGCUGCCAUGCUCGGUAUUCAUUGGAGACAGUUCGACCUGAACAAUGACCAGUACCGCGCCCAGGGCAACGGCUUUGUACUUUAUGGCUCAUACACAGACGGCCUUGGUAUAUGCUUUAAUUUCCAGAAACAAGGGCCAACAUGGUUUGAGAAGAAUCGCAUUAUUCCCAGUUACCACGUCAAGCAGCUGUGUUUUGGCAUGGCUUCAACAAUAUUCUCCAAGGAGCGCAAGGUGUAUGCGGAUGAAGCCAAGGGUGUCGAAAGUCUUCAAUUGGGGAGCCUCGCUGAGAUAGCCAAGACAUUGGUUGUUUUUGGUUGUGAUAUCAACACAGUCAACUACUUUCGCAAAAACACUGAUCAAGCUCGUCACAGCCACCUCUUUGCGGUCCCAUUCGAGAUGCUUGGCAUGGUUGGUGAAAUGCUACACGUCAAGGACACAGUAUUCCGCAUGCUUCCAAACCCAACGGUAUUCUACUGGGAUCCAAGCACUUUCUCCCUGCCUACUCUAUUGGCUGAAUACAUUGGUUCCUUGCGGCGUCUAUAUGGACAAUCUCUGACCAAGACCGACCAAAUAAAUCGAAUACUGGAAUGGGCAGAAAAGGACAAGAAGUUUCCACUCUUGCGGAGCGAGGGAUCUACGCUUGAUGUGUUUGGCGAAGACAUCAACGGGGCGACUUUGGUCAACGGCCUCAACCAUCUUCGUACCGGGAUUGAGCUGUGUGACGAGUACUUUGGAAAGAUGAAGAAACAGAGUUUAUCCAUGAUGAAAAAGGUCGUUCGGGUCCACAUUCAAGAGAUAAUGAGUAUCCUGCACGAGAAGAAUGAACCCCGGGACAAAGUCAACAAUGAGGCGGUCGAUGGUGCCUCGAGUGAUGAGCCAAUUACUAUCCAUGAUAUCGAUUCGGCAUCGGUGGACGAGAGGGAAGGUUUACUGAUGCAGAUGUAUUUUGACCGUGUCCGGAGUGGUGUUGUCCGGACUGUGGGUCAACAUGGCCUUUUGAGCAAGCAUAUGAGAGUCAGGAAAGACUCCUUUGCUUCAGAUAACACUUCGAAUGAUGGCAACUCCAAGCAUACCAAGACAUAUGAUCAGAGCGAAAUCUCUGAAGUCUGGUGCACACUUGUAUUUCGUAUGCUCUGUUGGUUACAACUGCACGAUUUCCACAAGAUGGAUUUGCAAAUCACUAAGAGCGACGCUUAUGGGAGCCGAAUUCCAGUGUAUAUUAUAUGA